AUGGCGGCAGAAGAAGGACAAGUGAUCGGUUGCCACACGAACGAUGUGUGGACCGUGCAGCUCGGAAAAGCCAAGGAAUCCAACAAGCUGAUUGUGAUAGAUUUCACAGCUUCAUGGUGUCCACCAUGCCGGAUGAUUGCUCCAAUUUUCGCGGAAUUGGCCAAGAAGUUCAUUUCAAGUGCCAUCUUCUUCAAGGUGGAUGUCGAUGAACUUCAGAGUGUUGCUCAAGAGUUUGCUGUGGAGGCAAUGCCGACCUUUGUGUUCAUCAAAGACGGCAAUGUUGUGGAUAAGCUCGUUGGUGCAAAGAAGGAAGAUCUCCAUGCGGCAAUCGUGAAGCAUACUGGUGUUGCCACUGCUUGA